AUGUUUGAACGACAAAUACGUUUAAGUCGUUAUGAUGCCGAUAAACUUAUUAAUACAUCAAUACCAGCUAAUAGUUCCCGUAUGAAUAGUCAACAUCGUGAUAUUUCAAGUCCAACACGUUCUCGUAGUAUAUCACCAAAUGAUAUGGCUAUACGACAACGACGAACAAAUAUAUCUGGAUCAAUAUUACCAUCAUCAUCAUCAUCAACAACAUUAUCAUUACCUGUUUCAACAUCUUAUCCUGAUCUUGUUAUAUCUCAUACACCACCAACAGAAACAAAUAAAAAUUCUACUGAACAAAUUCAUAAUGAAAAUACUAUAGUUAAUAAUCAAGGAGUAAAUAAAGAAAAAAAAUUAUCAAAUACAAAUCGUAAUUUAAUAUCACAUGAACAUAUACCAUUAAGUGUUAUUAUUGAUGAAUGUUCAUCAAAUUUAUCAACUAAUCAUCGUCCAAAUCUUUUACUUCCAUCAAAAUUAUUAUCUGAAACAGUUGAUUGUCAACCAUUAGAUUUUAAAAGUCGUUUAGCUUUAUUUAAUCGUACAAAUACACAACGAAUAAAUGAAAAUUCAAUAAAUAUUAAAAAAUCUUUUAAUCAAACAAAUUUAUUAUCAACAAAUCUAUUAACAAAACCUAUUAUUCAUCAUUCAACACGUUUAGUAAAUGAAGAAAAAAAAGAUAUAUCAAUAGAUAUUAUUCCUAAUCCAUUAUCAUUACCAAUAUCUCGAUCAGUUAUUAAUACAGCUAAAGCUGUUACAUUUUUUGGUGGAAAUAAAGUAAAUGGAAAUACAAAAUCAUCAUUACCAGAUACAAUACUUCCACCACCACCACCAUCAUCAUCAUCAUCAUCAUUACCGUCAUCAUGUGAAAUAAAUAUCAAAACUGAACAAUCAACAUCAACUGAUUUACAUCGUGCACCUGAUAUUGUUGGUGGAAAUGUUAAAUUAAAUAAAUCAUCAAUUUUUUCAGGAGCAAAAAAGGUUGUUAUUGUUAUUAAUAUUCGAGUACAAUUUAUUGAUAAUGUUGAUACAUUUGAAUAUCCUUCAUUUGAAGUUGUUAUGGCCGAACAUGGUAGUAAUGAUUCAGAUGAUGAUAAUGAUAUGGAAGUUGAUGACAAUCUUACAAAUAUUACUAGCAAUGAUGAUAGUAAUAAUCAUAAUCUGAUGAAAAAUAAUAUUAAUGGAAAAAAUAAUCAUAAAGAAAACGAACUAAUCAAUAAUAAUAAUCAAGUUGAUGAUGUUGAUGAUGAUGAACUUGACCGCUUAGCACGUAUUAAUGCUGAAUUCAAUACGAAUAAUCUCACAGAGAAACCAUUAAAACCGAAAGGUACAUUACAUACCUUUCGUCCGACUCAUCUCGAUCAAUAUGAAUUAGGUACUCAACAUGGUUCUCUAACAAUAUCCAAAUCGUCAGAUAUUCCAACUACAACAAAUUCCUAUUCUCUAUUAGCACGACAGAAACUUUUAUCGUCUUCAGAUAUUACAGCAAAAAAUUCGACAAAUCAUUCUAUUUUAAAACAGCAAAAAUCAAAUUUUGAUAUGACAAAUAAUAUACAAUGGAGUUCAAUGUCCACAACGACUGAUCUACUUUUUUGA